CCGGGUUUGGCUGAUAUCCGUCAUCCCUCCACAAGACCCGGGACGACCUUAAUCUUCAGUAGAACAGAUCAUCGUUUGGUAGUGUGUGUGUGUGUGUGUGUGUGUGUGUGUGUGUGGUGUGUGUGUGUGUGUGUGUGUGUGUGUGUGUGUGGAUUGAGGUCUCCCUCCAUUCGGGUUAUCGUGGAUACGUGACGUGUCGUUCUAAGAGGGGGAUCCUUACACGGUGACGUCUACUCUCGGUGUCCCGCCGCGGAAGUGAAAGGUUCCAGAAUACACCGCGGUCCCAGUAGAAAGCCCCCGAGGGAGCAGCAUGUCGGGACACCCGCCCGGGACCUCGGUCCCCCGUGACGGGCGCAGGCCGUGGUCGGGGGUCGCGCUGUCGGUGCUGGGCUCGGCCUUGGUCGUUGUCGCUGGAGGUUUUUUCUGCGCGCUCGUCUACCCGAUCCUCAGAGAGCUGAAGGCGGAUUGGACUGAAGACAGAAUGCUGGGUUUCUGGAGUAUCCUGGCGCUGUCGCUGUUAGUGGGAUGUAUCUGCUGUGUCCUCUCAUGUACCCUCACAUGCCUUGACUCGUAUCCGACCACCACGGUCACACCAGCCCACUUGAGAGCUCUAUCGGACCAGGACGUCCACCUGGGUUAUGGGGUUGCCGUUGUUAAUGGCCUCAUGGCGAUGCUCACUGUCAUCUGGAGCCUCACCUGACCGUCAGGAGAAGGGCUCAUGUGCUUAGUCAGGCAUCUGAUACUUGGCAGCGAUCAACAUAUGUUGCUGUGAUCUUAUUAAUUAUCAUAAAAGUCUUUAUGGGAUUGUAUCCAGUGCUCCUGUGUGCAAGAGCGCUGGCCACACAGGUUCUACCAACACUUCGCUAUGUUCACACUACAAGCAACAGAACUGGCUGAAACUAAAGCAUUUGAUUGGAUGAGGCUUCCCCACGUUACACAGCAACGUGCUUCUGUUUACUUCUCCAGAGAGUAUCAAACUAUAUGCAAAAGAAUGUUGUGAAGGUCCUCUUCCAACGUUGCAUCCAUUUAUGCUCUAAGAAGUCUUCUGGUUGAGGUGAUAAUAAAUUUGCAGUUUGGUACAUGUUUGCACCAUUUAUUUUUGGAAAUAAAGUGUUAUAGAUAUCA